AUGACGUCGUGGGUUGGAGCACGCGCGACGGCCACACCAGCCCAGGUCGAUGCCGUCGCCCGCACCAUCCGCAUCACCCCAGUCAUCGACCACCAUGCCCAUCCACUUCUCAAGCUCGAGGCCCAGAGCAAGCAGCCACUGCUGGCCAUUACUACCGAGGCCAACGGCGAUGCGAUCCACGCCGCUACGACCUCGCUGCCGCACUUCCGUGCCGUCCGUCAGCUCGCCUCGGUCCUAAGCUGCGGCUACACCUGGGAGUCCGUUGUCGCUGCCAUCGAGGAAAAGCGGCUCGAUUGCCCCGAAGACUGGACCGCCGAAUGCCUCGCCGGCAUCGAGACGAUCCUGGUGGAUGACGGGCUAGAUGGCGAGGACGACGCGAAUGCCUUCAGCUGGCACGACGACUAUACCCGCAGCCGAUGCAAGCGGAUUGUGCGCAUCGAAAAGAUCGCGGGGGAUAUCCUGAAGCGUAUCGGGAGUGGCUUUGACAAGUCGGCCCAAACAGGCGAUGUAUUCGACGAUGCCUUCGACGAGUGGACACAGGAGUUCGAUUCAUACAUCGCCAGUGCCAUUGAAGACCCCGAUGUCGUGGGCUUCAAAUCCGUGGUUUGCUACCGGACCGGUCUUGAUAUUACGGUCGAGCCCAAUGAAGUCCAUGAAACCCGAGCCCGGGCUGACUUUAGGGAAAUCUUGGCCAACUUCGCCCUUCUGGACUUCAACAAGUUACAAACGAAGAGCCUGAACGACUUGAUCGUACAUCGCACCGCCCAGCUCAUCUACGACAGCCCGUCCCGCCAGAAAAAGCCCAUCCAAUUCCACACUGGCCUCGGCGAUAACGACUUAGCUCUGUCCAAAUCCUCGCCCUCGCAUCUACAAGAAUUCAUUAAAUCGUACCCGACCGUGCCCAUUGUGCUUCUUCAUGCCGGCUAUCCAUUUACCCGCGAAACGGGAUACCUUGCAUCGGUGUAUGAGAAUGUCUACGCUGAUAUUGGAGAGGUGUUUCCUUGCGUCAGUCAGGACGGUCAGGAGCGCAUAUUGCGCGAGAUCCUUGAGCUUUGUCCGUGGUCCAAGAUCCUUUGGAGCACGGAUGGACAUUGGUUCCCGGAGACGUAUCUCCUUGCGGUUCUACAGAUGCGGGAGGUGUUUGAAACAGUUGUAUGCGAUUAUGUUCGAAAAGGCCACAUUGGCUGGAGGGCCGCCAUACAAUUGAUUCAGGACAUUUUGUUCAAGAAUGCCAACAAAUUGUACCAUCUUGACCUGGAGCUCAUCGAGCUGGAGGAGGAGAGUGGCAUAUCACAGGGCGCUGGCCAAAGCGAUGCUGACCUCCUCCGGGCAUUUCUCAAAAACCAAACUGCCCCCGACUUUGUCCGGAUUUGUUGGAACGAUUUCACCGCGUCACAGCGCAUGCGCAUGGUUCCGUUCCGAAAAAUCACUUCUCUCCUGGACGACGGGAAGGGCUUGGACAUUGGCAUUACCAAGGCCGCGUUUGGGUUGAUUCAGAACGACUGGUUGAUCCCGAGUGCUUCUCCCGCGGGCGAAUACCGUCUCCACCCCGAUUUCUCGUCUCUCAAAAAGGGCCCUAUCGAGGGGCACAUCAGCAUGAACGGCGAGUUUCGUGAGAAGUCCGGCGCUCCUGCACCGUUUUGCCCCCGUUCCGCUCUACAACGUGCCGUCGAGUAUGGCGCCGAGAACGACUGCACGUUCCUGAUCGGUUUCGAAAUCGAAUUCCUGCUCGUCCAACGUGUUGAUCCCAAGCCAGGUGACACCACUCGCUACGAGACCCUCCGUACCGAUGGCCAUGCUUGGUCUGUCAGCCGGUACUUUGCCGACCCCAAGAUCGCCACCCUCCUUCGCGACAUGGUAUCCGCCCUCGACGACAUGGGCAUCUACGUCGAACAACUCCACGCCGAGAGCGCCACCGGCCAAUUCGAGCUCAUCCUCCCUCCCUAUCCCCCGGUCCAAGCUGCCGACACCCUCCUCCACACCCGCGACGUCAUGUCCGCCCUCGCCACAGCCGCCGGGUUCAAACUCACCCUAUACCCCAAGCCCUUCGCGCACGCCUGCGGCACCGCCUCGCACAUGCACAUGUCCCUCUCCUCACCCAACGGUAGCCGCCCCGAAAUCUACCGCUCCCUCUACGCCGGCGUACUCAAGCACCUCCGCGCCAUCCUUGCCUUCACCUACUCCAACCCAGCGAGCUACGAGCGCUCCGUCGACGGCGCCUGGUCCGGCGGCCGCUGGGUUACCUGGGGCACGCAGAACCGCGAGACGCCGUUGCGCCGGAUCGAUACCCCGCCAUCUCACUGGGAACUCAAGACCAUCGAUGGCAUGGCGAAUCCGUACCUGGCUAUCGCGGCGGUCUUGUUUGCGGGUAUCAAGGGUGUGGUGGAUCGGGAACCGAUGGUGUGGGGGGACUGUGAGGUUGAUCCGGCGAAGCUGACGGCGAAUGAUCGGAAGGAGCUGGGGGUGACGGAGAUGCUGCCGGGGAGUGUGCCGGAGGCUUUGGAGGCGUUGAAGGGCGAUACUGUGCUGGGAGAGCUGCUUGGUCCGGAGCUGGUGGAGAGAUAUGUGGCUAUUAAGGAAUUUGAGGCUGAGUUCUUGGGGAAGAUGGAUGCGGAGGAAAGGAGGCAGUGGCUGAUGGAGCGGUAUUAG